UCCUCCUCUGACGGCUAGGGUUGGAUGCCCCGGUGCCGCGACGGAGCGGUGGCACAUGAGCGAGUCUAUCGGGAUCGUUUUGCUGAUGGACUCAGGAUGACUAUGUGUUUAUCAUUUUCAUGUUACCUUUUGUAAGUCUUUCUAUUUUGGGACCAGGCAAUAUAGAUUUUUUUAACAUAGCAGAGACAUAGACAAUCAUACAUACAACAUUGAGCAAGACAAUAUAGUUAUGGUGGUAUGCAUUCAAGGGUGCGGAGACCGGGAGGCAUGUCAUUAUUUCUCUAAAAAAAAUUCAAAUGUUAAGGAAUAUCUUUCAGUAUUUUCCAUACAAAAUUUGGAACUUAUUUCAGUUAUUUAGCAACUACUAUCGAUCAUGACUUUGUUCCGUUGACCAUCUGGAGGCUACACAUUUGCUUCACACUGAGAAUUUGAAAUUUUGGCGCUUACAAAAGGCCCUUCUAGAGGCACAUGUAGAGCAGGCAGCUGGCAAGCGGGGAGUGAUCCACAAUAGACGAGAGUGAAGUCUCCAAGGAGAUAGGCAAACACGAGGAGGACAAUCUUGUACCCGGAGAAACAAACAAGAAGCAAAGCUGCUGCCCUUGGAACAUCCCUAUCUCCAGCCUUGGUUUCUCACCACUGCAUCCACCCACCCCCCAGCUCGCCUCCAUCUUGCAGGGAUUCAGCGCUAGCUCUUCGAUCGACGCGCGGCUGUUCCUCACGUCGUCCAUCGUCUGAGGAAAUGAUCAACCGGUGCCUCUGCUGCGUCGCCCCCGGCGGCGACUCCGAGCCGGAGGCUGCCCCCAGCCGCCGCCGGAGGGAUCCAUCGAGGAGGGGGUCCAAGAACAAGAACAGGAGCGUGGAGUUCCCGUGGGAGAUGUACACCCUCAAGGAGCUCCUCCAGGCGACCAACAACUUCAACGAGAGCAAUAAGCUCGGCGAGGGCGGCUUCGGCACCGUCUACUGGGGCCGCACCUCCAAGGGCGUCGAGAUUGCGGUGAAGCGGCUGAAGGCGAUGACGGCCAAGGCGGAGAUGGAGUUCGCCAUUGAGGUGGAGAUCCUGGGCCGUGUCCGGCACAAGAACCUGCUCAGCCUCCGCGGCUUCUACGCCGGCGGCGACGAGCGGCUCAUCGUCUACGACUACAUGCCCAACCACAGCCUCCUCACUCACCUCCACCCGCACCGCGGCACCCCGGCCUCCCAGCAGCACCCGCCGCUCGACUGGCCACGCCGCCUCGCCAUCGCGCUCGGCGCCGCCCAGGGCCUCGCGUACCUGCACCACGAGGCCAGCCCGCACAUCAUCCACCGCGACAUCAAGGCCAGCAACGUGCUCCUGGACGCGGACCUCGUGCCCAAGGUGGCCGACUUCGGCUUCGCCAAGCUCAUCCCGGAGGGCGUCUCCCACCUCACCACGCGGGUCAAGGGCACGCUCGGGUACCUGGCGCCGGAGUACGCCAUGUGGGGGAAGGUCUCCGAGAGCUGCGACGUCUACAGCUUCGGCGUGCUGCUGCUGGAGCUCGUCAGCGCGCGCCGCCCGCUGGAGAAGCUGCCGGGCGGCGUCAAGCGCGAGAUCGUGCAGUGGGCGGGGCCGCUCGUGGAGCGCCGCAAGUGGGACCGCCUCGCCGACCCCAGGCUCACCGGGCGGUUCGACGCCGUGCAGCUCCGGGCAGUGGUCGAGACGGCCAUGCUGUGCUCGCAGAGCAGCGCGGAGGGCAGGCCGACCAUGGCCGAGGUCGUCGAGAUGCUCAGGUUCGGCGGCGAGCGGCGGAACAGGGAGAUCGUGCCGGUGGCGGACGCCGCCAGCCAGGACACCACCGUGACCAUGGACCGUGAGGACGACGUUACCGGCAGCAGCGAGCCGCUGGACAGGGGCCGCAGCUGGAAGCUGACGACGCUGAGGUGAUACGAUGAUUACCAUCUCCCACCAUUUCGAUCCAUGCCUGCAUCGCAACAUUGCACUGCCUUACGAUCCAAUGCGAUUAAGAUGCAAAUUCAUGAUUAGUCGUUUCAAUUGGAUUGCAUUUUGUUGAUUAAUGUCAAUCAAUUCAAUUGCAUAGCGUAUGAAAUUGGUGGUGGGUGGUGUUUGGUGAUGGAUGGAGAUCGUACCAAGAGUUGUUAAUCCUCGUAUUGGCCUGCAAAGUUUUGUUUGUUUCCACAAUAUAUUUCCUUGUUCGAUGAUA